UCCAACUCCACCGACAGUCCAGCUUCCGCUAGUCAGCACCUCAACUCAGCUUCAACUCAAGAACAGUGAACCGUCGUCGGUCUCGACAUUGAUAGCCAGCGUUUUUGAAGAUGAAGGUCCUCGCAGUUUUCUUCAUGGCGGCACUAGCCAGUGUCGUCAACGCCCUCGCGGUCGAAGUCCCCGCGUACGCUACGGCCGUCGCGAGUGACCCGCCACCCAGGCGGCCGCCGCGUCCGACAAAGACCAGCACCAGCUUUAGGACCAGCACCAGCUUCAGCACCAGCACCAGCGUCUUGGGGAGCUCGAGCUCGACCUCGGAGCCGUUCAUCAUCACCAUCACCACUCUACCGGGUCACCCCACCUCGAGUUCGGCGCUUGCUUGCCCGACCGUGACGCUCACGACUCGACCCAGCGCGUGCGAGCCGAUCCGGUGCCCUAUCCCGGGCUGCACGUUCCAGCAAGACCUGAUUGUGCCGUGCGGCUGCGCCGGAGUCAAGACGGCACUGUACGUGGACGGGUGCCAGACCGCCUGCCCCGAGGGGUGCAUAACCAGGCUCAACACCAUCACGGCAAUCUGCGCGAAGCCGACUAAUGCCCUAGGUUGAGGGCAUACACCUAGAACGGGCCAUGCUCGGGUUGGGGGAGGAGGGAUGUCGUCUUGAAGAAGAAGGGGGGGAAAAAAAAGGGUAGGUAAGGCGGCCGAGAGCGGGGGGAG